AUGGAUCCUUCCCAAGAUCGCGUGCCUGCCGCAUGGCAUUCGGACAUGGAUUUGGCUGACGUACAUGACACUGCCUCCAUGCGCACACGCGACACGGCCACUUCCUCUGGUCGAACUGCAGGUGCUUUCGUCCCAACCCCCCCAUCACCUGAACUAGACCAUCAAAACUACAACCAUCCGCCAGAAUCGAUCCUGCCCACGGCUUGCUUCAAUGGUCAGCGACCUCCCACUCCACCCCGCCAUGACCAGGACAAUUGGUAUGAUCCGCGAUUCGUCCCAUUCGCUGCCCAGCCACGUCGAACAAGGUCGUCUUACAAGUCUCCCUAUGAGUCUCCUUGUGCGCCUUCCGGGUCUCCUUAUGCACCUUCCCAUGCAUCUUCGUAUACCUUAUCGCAUGCUCCAACAGAUAGCGAGGUACACCAGGACAGCGACCUCCAACAUGAGCGUAUGCGCCAAACGGCAGCUGCAGCUCAGAGUCACGCUCCUAGCACGCCUGUGUAUUCAUCCCCCCUGCUGCCUCUAACCCAGCAACAGCCUCUGCAAACAUCUCCACAGGCAACCCCGCAGGCAACUCCACCAAUUCAGCUAUGGCCGACUGAUACGAGCAUGGUGGAUUCGACAACCAAGAAGAAGCAAGAAUUGUACAAGAAGAAGGGCGAAGAGCGGAGAAAGUCAAUAUCAUCUCGCAAGCAAUCGGAAUCCUCACAGGUCUCUGCAAAUGCGCCUCCGACGUUCCUAGCUCCGGUACUACCGGAAGCAUCUCAGCCCACUCGUAAAACCGGUCGGAGUAAACGGAAAACCAUAUCUCAGCCGAAUUCUGCGCCCACUCAACCGCCACCACUUCGGACUAUUGUACCUGCGUAUAGCUUCACGCCACAGCAACAGACACCACCUCAACCCGACGGGCUUCCCUUGUAUCACCCCGCGGCUCCAAAUCCAGGCUUCUACUCACAGCCUCAAACUCCAUACUUCAGUAAUGAUCAACAACAGCUCUAUGGCCAUAGUAGUCCUAUGCUGAAUCGUUACGACCGAAUACAAUACCAGGUUAAUAGUAGUCUUGCGCUGUACACUCAGCAUCCCCAACAUCCCCAGCAACUUCGGUAUCCGCAAUAUCCACAGCAGCCGCGCUCCCAGCUCCCGCAACAGCCUCAGUUCCCGCAGCAUACUCAGUUCCCACAGUAUGCUCAGUUCCCGCAUUCUCAGUUCCCACAGCACGCUCAAUUCCCGCAUUCUCAGUUUCCACAGCAACCUCAGUUCUCCCAAUACACCAACACAUUUGAACAUCAGCAGCAACCUCAGUUCCAGCACUCUCCACAUUCUCAGUACUCUAACACGUUUGAUCAUCAGCCUUACCAAACCACAUCCACGUCUCUAGUACAAACAGAAGAGGAAAUGCAAGAGGCCCCCGCAGCACCCACAGUCAACACAGAAGAAAUCUACCAGCAUAUCACCUCCAUCUACACCGACUACAAAUGGCCAGUCAAGCUCUACCAAAUCAAUCCCACCCCUUCUUUCGACUUUGCCCAAGCAUAUCUCGAGAAGUGGUUCGUAUGCCACAUCUAUGACUCCCCCAGCCACAGUUGGCAGUCGCACACGACAACCGGUUUCAUAAAAAAUGGCAACCAUUACUCCUUUCUCGUUUUGCACAAUGCUGCCAACCCGUUCACCCGGGACGAGAAGAAAACAUCUUCGACGAGCAUCGGUGUAUACGGUCGCUAUGCACAUGAGCAUGACCAGAUCCACUGGAUGACUAUCGCGCCAUGUAUAAAAGAUUUGAUGGCAGGCAUGCUGGAGAAGACCGUUUCCAAGCUAAAAGAGACAUGGAAGUUUGAUAUGCCCAAAGCAAGCGAAAGGCGGUUUCAUCGCGCGUAUUGGCAUGCGGCUAAUAUGCUUCCGCUGAAGGGGUUGUUGAACAGCAACAUGGAGCCUGAGAAGCCGCACGAUGCGCUGGAGGACGCAGAAAUAGAGGAUGAACCGUUUGGGUUCACGGUGGAGGACUUGCAGACGGGUGAGCCGAAUGAGAAGGGUCAGGAGAUUUGGGAGGCUAUCGUGAAGGAAGUAGACGGGAAGGAUAUGGAUACGCUCGGAGGCGACCAUGUUGUCACUGGAGGGACGGAGGUGGAGUUUGAGGCGGGCCUGUACUGA